GUCAGGGGAAUCCCAACAUGAUGUAUUAACUCAUACGCAACUGUCUAGUUUAAAGGCUGAAAGAGCUUAAAACAACGAAUUACUAAGAGGUAUUUGAUAUUUUUAUUUCUAUUAAACUUAUGUUACGGUACUGUUAUAACAAAAUACACAGCUUUACACAGAUAAGACCACCGAUGAUCUGAAAGUUUGAACUGGUCACGUGACUGUCACUUGAAAUGGCAGUGACGCGGUUAUUUGUAAACAUCGAUUUAAAAUCAAAUUAUUUGGGUUAAAACAGAUGAAAUAAUUUAUGAUAGGUCGUACAGUCUCAUAACUACAUACGUGCGAUGAUUUAAUAGCGUUUUUUCGAGAUGGAAAAAAAUAUUGUAAUUCGGACCAUACAGCUUUAACAAUAUCACAAGCAGUAAUCACAAAAGUUUUAUGGCAGUAUUAAAAAAUUAUCAUACGAAACAUUUGGUCUUUCGGAUUUUACUCGUACUACAUUUACCACUCGCCUCUGUUUUAGGCUGGUCCCCUACACCACCACUUCGUUUUCGCUGUUAUGAUUAAGGUAGUGGGGAAAAACGAAGUGGCGGGAUCGGGAACCAGACAACGAAAUGGUGAAUCUCUAGUAUGUAAAAAAAAAAAAAAAAAAAGAAAAAAAGAGAAGAAGAAAUAUAUUGUUAUGCGCUUUCAUUAAAAUAAGAUAGGUGAACAUUUAGCGCCAUGGGUCAAGCGGCGUCCAGACAGGAAGCGUUUUGGGAGGCCUGUGGGUUUGGGCACGAAGACAGAGUGAAGAAGUUCCUUGAAGAUGGUGACAUCGACGUUAACUGGGUAUCUUACACACACGAUUGUUGUCCAAUUCAUGUGGCAUCCCAGGGAAAACCUAACAUUGUAAGAAUGCUGCUGGAGAAAGGGGCAAAGGUCAACGUUAAGGAUGUGCGUGGAAGUCUACCUAUUCACCAUGCGGCUAUGAAAGGUCACAAUGAGGUUGUAAAGAUACUGAUCGAUGCGGGAUCAGAAAUUGACACACAGGAUAAAAAUGGUUGGACUGCAUUACACUGUGCUGCCUACUGGAGUAAGCCUGAUGUUGUGAAAUGUCUGUUGAAGUAUGGGGCUGAUGUCCACAUUCAAAAUAAGGAUCAGAGAACAGCACUACAUGAAACAGCUCGAUCACAACAAAUGGGAGAUUUUGAUCUCGGAGAAAUUGCACAUGGACUUAUUGAAGCAGGAAGUGAUGUCAAUGCAAAGAGCAGUGACCUGGGGGAGGCAGAUUUCACUGGCCUGAUGUUUGCCAGCUAUCACAACCACCCAGAAGUAGCCAGUGCUUUGAUCAAUGCAGGGUGUGAAAUCAAUGCGUUUGGAACAAACCGCUGGACUGCACUACACUGGGCCUGUGACCGUGGUAACGAAGAGAUUGUGUUUCUUCUUUUAGAGGCAGGGAUUGAUCCAACGAUCAGAGGAUGGAGAAACGAGCUGGCUUCAGACCGUUGCCAAAGUGACGAGGUGAAGGAAAUGGUGAUGAACGCUGUCAACAUGUUUGAGGAGAUGUCACUCUUGGAUCACAAGGUAUCUGGUGACAAUAUUCAGAAGGGUAGCUCAAAGAGUCCUGUGACCAUUCAACAACUGACCAACAAUCUAACAACUUCCAAAGGCAAGACAACUGUAAAUACAGAGUCCGGUACAAAGGACACUACAACAAAAUCUGACAAAUCAGAAAGUCAACCAAAAAAGGAAACCAAGAAAUCAGAAAAACAACGCAACUUAGAGGGCACACAUAAAUCAGAAAGUCAACCAAACUUGGAGGAAAUAGAUGAAUCUGAAAAACAACCAAACUCAGAUGAAACAGACAAAUCAGAAAAACAAGAUAACAUAGAGGAAACCAACAAGGGGAUUGUUAAGGUGGACAGCAUAACCAGAACGGAGCAGCUUGAAAAAGUUAGCUCCCCUAGCAAGGAUGAGACCAGAAUGGCCAAUGACCGGGAAACAAGUGAAUGUGAACAGACAGAUAGACAGAGUGCCAGCAGUGGGAAUCCUGAACACUCCAGCUGAUGGAUGUAGAAUGUAAAUGCUCAGUCUGAGAUCUAUAACAUUGUUUCAGUGCCAUGGUUUACUGGGGAUGUCUCCUGUAUGAGAGUCUAACGUGUAGAUAUUGGAAUGAGUGUUUGUUGUAAGUUUUUUUAAUACCAAACCCUACCAGAUCAUGUCCUGUGACACUUUACCACAUUGUGCCUUCCCAGAUUGUUUAUCACUCUUAACAUCAUAUAAUUAGGAUUGAUACCAUCAUGAUACACCACCUUCUUGAUACACCACCCUCAUGAUAUGAUGUGUAUGGCACAUUGAUAGCAACACGGUUACAUGUACAUAUAAAGAAUGAAAUGUUUACUUUGUUUGGAUUAUUGGAAAAUAAAAACAAUUAAAGGUUGCAUAUUGCCUAUUAUAUAAAAAUUACUCCAUGCUUCUAUCAUAAGACACAUUUAUAUUCACUGUGUAGUAAUAAAGGCCUAGUUCGAUCAUCAAUGGCAGUAGUUGUCUAGUUGAUUUCCGGACCUUCAGUGUGCAUGUCUGGUUAGCAUUCUUUAAGCGUGGGUUGGUAUAUGGUAGAUCAGACAUUAGCAGUAAUACUCCUUCAGUUUCAAACAAAAACAGUUUGAUUAUACUUUGGAUCGACUCUAGUUACUAAAGUUGAGGAUCAAGCUAGGCAGAAGUUUUGAUGUAAAUAUAAUGGAAGGUUGCUUGAAUUUUGAUUUCACCUAGACACAUGUGCAUGUAUAUUGUGUUCAUAAUCAUAAUGGCGUUUUUAGUGAGAAUUACAAAUCAUCCAUUUGAAUUAAUAAACUUAAUGCUUAUAAGCUGCAACUAAUGUAAAUCUGUAAAUUAAUAACAUUGUAAAUUUGUAAGUGAUUAGAAAGUUGUACAUGCGAUUGUAGUUACACAAUAUGCGACAUGUUACUUGUGAUAACACUAUUGAACACCGAACAGUUUGUAGUGUAAUGUAAAACAAAUUAUUUCCCCUCAGAAGUGUGAUUAACAGUUUGAACAAAAUAUUUCCUCUUGGCAAUACGAGUAGCUGCUCGAACAAAUCUUUUCCUCUUUGCAUUACCAUUAGCAGCUUGAACAUAUUAUUUUCUGUGUGAGGAAUGAAAUUGACAUUAAUGUACCAAACACUGAACAGAACAAAAAAAUCAAACAAAACUGCAAAGUUCUGCGAUGAAUCAUGUCGGCCCUAAUUAUAAUAAAAUCAAAGUGUAAAGUCCUGCAUUAUAAGAGUCGAAUGAUUCCAAAUUAUUUACUCAUCUCAUUUCUGCAAUACAAUUCAUGAAGGCAUUGUUUAAUAGGCCAAACAACAUGUUGUGUAGAUAGACAUUUUAACUGGGGUUUUGUUUCAUUGCAGAGAUUCAGUAGCAUAUAAAUUUUGGUCUGUCUGCAAAACCUUUAACCUUGGCCUAACAUUUGAAUGCUUUGUGCUAGGACUUUCAUAUUUGAUUUGUGUACUCCUUGUGACAAGACCUUUGUUUUUGUACCAGAUUUGUUUUUACCUCAUGACCUUUACCAUAGAGUUUGACCUACUUUUUAAAAACUUUAUGCCAUAUCUUUUAACGUUUCCUGCUAGAACUUUCAUAUUUCACAUGUGUAUUCCUUGUGACAAGACCUUUCAUUUGGUACCAGAAUUACUUAGCUGCCAUAUAGGGACAUCACAUCAUGUUUAUGUACCUGCACUGCAACCUGUAUAGUGGAAGCACUGGAACUAUUGGGGAUCUCUGCAACUGUGUGCAGAUUUAUGGUCACCUACUAAUCUAAUGUACUACUUUGACAAAUAAACUAUGAUUUUUGGUGCUUUACUAUUAAUAUUCUUCCUAGUGUUGAAAUCUGACGUAACCUUCCCCACUGUUUAAUCCCGGGGCUCCUUUAUAUCAGCCAUGGCUGUUCUGUGCAUUCUAUAUACAAUUUGACAGAUUGCAAGUUUUGUUCACGGAGAUUUGUGCAAUAAAAGAAAACGACAGAA